AUGUCCAACGCUGCUGCAUCCGCCAUCGGUGCCACAAGCGGCGACGAGCCGUCGCUGACCGCGUCAACCAUCGACGCCCAGGCCAUCGGAUCCCACAUUCUCCGCAUCAACGGCUACUCCUACACCAUGGGGCUCGGCACUGGCAAAUUCAUCACCUCGGAGUGUUUCACCGUCGGAGGCCAUCGCUGGUGUCUGAAAUACUUCCCCAACGGUACCCAAAAGGGCUAUCCAGCUUCGAUAUCCAUCUUCCUGUGUCUUGUUCACACUGCUUUGGAUGAAGUCAAGGCCAAAUUCACAAUUAGUUUGCUCGAUCAGGCCGGGAACCCCGUGCCGUCUUACAUCCGUCACGGCGGUAUGUGGACGUUCUCCCACAAGCAAGGUGGUAAUGCUGCGCGGGGCUACAGUGAUUUCAUCCGGAGGAGCGACUUGGAGAAUCAUUACGUGAAGGACGAUGUUUUUAGUGUCAGGUGUGAUGUGGCCGUGCCACUAGGGAAAACGGUCACCAAGGCCAUCCUGGUUUCCGCAGUUCGUCGUGGCGUUUGA